AUGAGGGCCCGGGAAGAUCGAUAUGGACCAAUAAAAGAAAUGAUUGCGAAAGAGCAGGACGUCGCGAUGAUGAAAAGUCCGUCGACGACACAUAAGAACCAAGAAAAGAUCGAUGAGAAGGAAGAGGAUGGAUUAGAAGAACAAUGUGAGCUGAUAAAAACGAUUGCGGAAGAAUCAGACGCCGUACAAAGAGAAGAACUACCGACCAACAAAUCAGCAAUGCCAAAUCUAGUGAAUGCGCGUGUCAAUGAUGCUAGCAUUAGACAAAUUAAGGAAAAUAAAGGGCGAGUGAACCAGCUGGUAGAAGUGUUGCGGGAUUCCGACAUAGUACGUCACGAGAUACAACAAAUCGGAGAGGCCAACCAAGCUACUACGACCGACAAUGUGCACAAGUUAGCAUUCAAGGACACAAUGGAUGACGCCACCUACCAUAAAGAAUUUGAUAUCGGAGGACUAGCUGAGACGGGAUGCCAACAUAUGAAAAUGUAG